GGUCACGGAGGUUAUUUAUUUAUGUAUGCAGUGAAGGGAAGAUGGCGGAGUCUGAAGAGCCAAAAGCGGGUCCUUGCACUUUUCUGUUCAAAAAAUCUACUAAGAAGUUCUCCGGGCGAAAAAGAAAAGCGAGCGACAGCGACAAAGAUGGCAGCAGUGAUGAGGACAAGUGCUCUGUCGUCAGAAGGGGAAAGAAAGACACUCGAGGCAAUCCCAUGAUUCAAAAGUCAAAGAAGGUGGAGAAAGAUAAAGAAUCGUCCAGUGAAAAUGAAGAAGAAAAAGAAACAAAGAAGAUCACUGUUGCAUACAAGUCCACACGGUCAGCAAAACCAGAGGGACCUGAUGACAGGGGUGCAACUGCCACUUAUGAGAUGGACACAGAGAAGGACAAUGACGCUCAGGCGAUCUUUGAGAGGAGUCAGAAAAUCCAGGAGGAGCUAGAAGGUAAAGAAGACGAUAAAAUCUACCGCGGUAUUAACAAUUACCAAAAAUUCAUCAAGCCGAAAGAUACCACCAUGGGCAACGCCUCCUCUGGAAUGGUCAGGAAAGGACCAAUCCGAGCCCCUGACCACCUGAGAGCCACAGUACGGUGGGACUACCAGCCGGACAUCUGCAAAGACUAUAAGGAGACAGGGUUCUGUGGCUUUGGAGACAGCUGCAAGUUCCUCCACGACAGAUCGGACUACAAACAUGGCUGGCAGAUUGAGCGGGAACUGGAAGAGGGCAGAUAUGGAGCAAACGAUGAGGAGAACUACGAAGUGAGCAGUGAUGAUGAAGAUUUGCCCUUUAAGUGCUUCAUCUGCAGGGAGUCCUUCAAAAAUCCCAUCAUCACGAAGUGUAAGCACUACUUCUGUGAGACUUGUGCUCUUAUGCAUUACCGCAAGUCCAAGCGUUGCUAUGUGUGCAACACUCAAACCAAUGGUGUCUUCAACCCUGCUAAGGAGUUGAUGUCCAAGAUGGAGAAACGCAAAGCCGCAGAAGACCAGCCACCAUCAGAUGAGGAGGAUUAGCAGCAUCUGAACCUUUUCAACCCUCCCCUUAUGUGUUUGUCCGUGUACAUUUGGAAUAAAAUAACAUUGCUUCACUGUGUGAUACCAUCAAAUUAAAAAAUCUUUAAAAGCGAACAAA